UUUGAGUAAAAAUUGUAAAUUGUCGAAACGUCAAAUUGGUUGGGAGGAAAGCGUCUUCCAGACUCCCACCACUUCCCCGCCAAAAACCUAAACUCCCAACGAAGCAGAAGACAACAGUGAAAAUGGAGGAGGAGCAAGAAUUGGAGGUGCGAAGCUUAAGCGGAGAAUCAAUCACCAUUUCUGUUUCCACAACCGAAACAAUUGCAGCCCUCAAACUCGUCUUGAAGCACCGCUUUUCUCCCGCCUCUUCUUCUUCCGACUUUCACCUUUUCCUCCGAGGUAUGAAACUAGGUGUUCAGAGUCAAAUAGGAAGUCACUCCAUUAAUCCCGGGGAGUUUAUUGCUCUUAUGCCGUUUACAAAGAAAGAAAAAUCCCGAAAUGUACAAUGUGAGGGAUCUGGAGUAGCCUUGCAGACUACUCAACAAGGUGCACCAUCAAGUCUAGCAGAAUCAGCAUGGCGUGAUAUGAUGGAAGAUUUGUCAUAUCUAAGCAACACAGUGAGUUCUGAAGAACAAUCUGGUUGUUUGCCAAAUUCUUCUUCUGAUAAGAGUAAAGAUGAGGCGAGCGAUAAGAAGCACACAAAGAACUAUUCAAGGAAGCGUAGAAGGAAAGUUGAAAGUAAAGCAGGGCUUGCUGAAGAUCUUAUAUCUAGUUUACUGCUUUCCUCUAAAAAUAGUGUCCUUGAUGAAGAUGUUUGUGGAAAAUUUCUACAGGUUCUAGAAUCUGUGCAUUGUUUAUCGGAUGCAGAAACUGGGAAUUGUAUGUUGUUGAGCAAGGUUGACAUGCAGGAGAAUGGUCAGCCGUACCAGCCUUCUUGUUCAUGCCUUUGCCCACCAUGGCUAACGAUAAUGAUGAAGACAUUUACGUUCUUGAACAUUUUUGCUGGAUUUUUGCAAGUGCAUCAUGAAUCAGUGAUGAUGACUUUUGACCUCGUCAACGAUUCACUUGAUAAACUUCGCGAACUUGGUUUUUGUGCUAGUGUGGAGGAUUUAAAGCGUCUGCCAGAUCUCUGCCCUAAGGUUGUUUAUUUUAUCGAUCAAGAAGCGGAGAGUAAGCUGUCACUUGAUGCUAUUGUGAUCAAUUUCUCACGAGAAAAGACGGACCAAGUUAAAAGCAAUGUGAAAGCUCAGAAACGGGCUCCUGCAUCAAAGAUAAUCAGUUCAAUAAAGAGAAGGCAAAUACUUUUCCAAACAACUUUAGAGGGAGGUCUAAGAUUACUUUUGUGUGAUAAAAUUGAUAAGAAAGUUGUUUCGCUAGCAGAACUUAUCACAUCUAUAAAGAAAACUGAUUUAUCAUCACAUGGAGUCGCACAGGGAAAAUAUGGGAGCACUACUGAAGCUCAAUGUUGUGAGAACCAUCCACUUUCACCCACAUCGAUGCUUGAACAUCUAAGGAAGGGCAUCGGGUCUAAAGGACAGAUAGUUCAUGUAGAAGAAAUAAAUGCAAGAGUAGCAGAUUUUACAGAGAUCCCUGAUGAAUUAUCAGAGAAUGCAAAGUCUUCCCUAAAGGCUAUGGGAAUAACUAAGCUGUAUAGUCACCAGGCUGAGUCCAUAAGGGCUUCUUUGUGUGGCAGAAAUGUUGUAGUAGCCACCAUGACAUCUAGUGGAAAAUCUCUUUGCUACAAUCUACCAGUACUAGAAGCAUUAUCCCAAAAUGACCUAGCAUGUGCUCUAUACUUGUUUCCAACUAAGGCCUUAGCUCAGGAUCAGUUACGAGCAUUGUUGUCUAUGACUGAGAAUUUUGAACAUUUUGACAUUGGUGUGUAUGAUGGUGACACAUCUCAAGAAGAGAGGAUUUGGCUUCGUGACAAUGCUAGACUGCUGAUCACAAAUCCAGAUAUGCUGCAUUUGUCAAUUUUGCCAUUUCAUGGACAAUUCCAGAGAAUUUUAUCAAAUCUAAAGUUUGUAGUCUUUGAUGAAGCACAUGCUUAUAAGGGAGCAUUUGGAUGCCAUACUUCUCUUAUAUUGAGGAGACUACGCCGAUUAUGUUCUCAUGUGUAUGGGUCUGAUCCUUCUUUUGUCUUUUCUACUGCAACUUCUGCGAACCCUCGCCAGCAUGCAAUGGAACUGGCAAAUUUACCGACAAUGGAGCUGAUUGACAAAGAUGGAAGCCCGGCAGCUCCUAAGCUCUUCGCUCUUUGGAAUCCGCCUUUAUGUACUAAAACUGUGAUACAGGCUGGCCGAAAAAAUAAUACUAUCGUCACAAAGCGUUCAAGCCCUAUCCUGGAGGUUUCACGUCUCCUUGCUGAAAUGGUGCAGCAUGGACUGCGCAGUAUUGCUUUCUGCAAAACGCGCAAACUUUGUGAACUUGUCUUAUCUUAUACGCAUGAGGUUCUUCAGGAUACAGCACCCCAUCUUGUCAAUUCCAUUUGUGCUUAUCGUGCUGGCUAUAUCGCUGAGGAUAGAAGGAGAAUAGAAAGUGAAUUUUUUAGUGGGAAGCUCCGUGGAAUUGCUGCUACUAGUGCUCUUGAGUUGGGUAUCGAUGUUGGGCAUGUUGAUGUGACAUUGCAUCUAGGUUUUCCUGGUAGCAUUGCUAGUCUGUGGCAGCAGGCUGGUAGAUCUGGAAGAAGGGGAAAACCCUCACUUGCUGUGUACGUUGCAUUUGAAGGACCUCUGGAUCAGUAUUUCAUGAAAUUUCCACUGAAAUUAUUCCGAAGCCGUAUGGAGUGCUGCCAUGUAGAUGCUCAGAACCCAAAGAUUCUUGAGCAGCACCUUAUUUGUGCUGCCACAGAGCAUCCUCUAAGUUUGGUCUAUGAUGGUAAGUAUUUUGGUUCUGGUUUGAGUGCUGCUGUUACAGCACUUAAAAACAGGGGAUAUUUAUCGACGGAUCCCUCUCGUGAAUCAGCAGCAAGAAUAUGGAGCUACAUUGGACAAGAGAAAUCACCUUCACGAUCAAUUAGUAUCCGUGCAAUGGAGUCUGAGAAAUACAAAGUAGCUGAUGGGAAAACAAAUGAAGUUCUUGAAGAGAUCGAAGAGAGCAGGGCUUUUUUCCAGGUAUAUGAAGGGGCAAUCUACAUGAAUCAGGGGAAGACUUAUAUAGUGAAGGAGUUGAAUCUGUCAAGUAAAAUUGCAGUUUGCCAAAGAGCAGAUGUAAAAUAUUAUACCCAAACUCGUGACUACACCGACAUUGAUGUCAUCGGAGGUGAUCUUGCUUAUCCACCAAGGGUUUUAAAGAUGCAGUUUCGUGGAACAACGGCCCUAACAAAUUCCUGCAGAGUAACCACGACUUGGUUUGGUUUUCGUCGCAUUUGUAAGCGAACCAAUAGAGUACUUGACACAGUCGAUCUUGUACUUCCGAGAUAUUCGUAUGAAUCACAGGCUGUCUGGAUUCGAGUUCCCACAUCAGUAAAAUCAGCGGUGGAGAAUAAGGGAUUUUCAUUUCGUGCUGGUCUACAUGCUGCAUCUCAUGCUGUCCUCAAUGUAGUUCCAUUAUACAUAAUCUGUGACUCCUCGGAUUUAGCUCCAGAGUGUGCAAAUCCUCAUGAAACCCGCUAUGCACCAGAAAGGAUCUUAUUAUAUGACCAACGUCCUGGGGGAACAGGGAUUUCAAUGCGGAUUCAACCAGUUUUUGAUGAUAUGCUGACUUCUGCUUUGGAUAUGCUUACAUCGUGCUAUUGUUCAGCAGAUGCUGGUUGCCCCAAUUGUGUCCAAACACUAGCCUGUCAGGAGUAUAAUGAGCUGUUGCACAAGGAUGCUGCUAUCAUGAUUAUCAAGGGUGUUUUAGAGGCGGAAGACUUGUACUCCCAACAACAUCCUGGCCGUUCGGGAACUGCAUGAGUUUGGAUGUUGCAGACUAAGCAUAUCGCACCUUAUUUGCUACUUUUGGAUUUGCAAACAGCAAGACCCCAAAAUUGGUGCCUUUACUCAUUUAGAAGCAGAGUUUUUCUCUCUUUAUUCUGUUAAAGAUUGGUGAUACAGAAUUCUGAUGUCUCCAGGGUUCUCUUUUCUGGAGAAAGUAUACUCCCAUACCCGGUAUUGGGCGUUAGUUGCCCCUACUAGGGGUAAAUAUGUAAUUUCCCCUAUUAAUGAUAGGCAAAAGCGUAAUUUCGCGCAUAAUUGAGGUGUAGGACAGAAGACAAGAGCAGAGAACAGAAGAACAGAAGACAAAGAAGAGAAGUUAUCAUUUUUUACCCGUUGGAAGAAAACAGAGAGCUAGGGCAGAAAAAAUAGGAGACGAGAUUUAGGAAAAAUAUUGGGGAUGAGUUCUUCAAUUCAGCAUGGGGAUGGAUUUGAAAAAAACGAUUUACCUGUUGAUGAAGAUGAAGUACAGGAGGUGCCAAAUGUCGAUUUGGAUGAAGAGAAUGUAAGUUUGUUGUUAUAUAUAGUAUUAGUAGUGUAUUGAAUGUAGUAGUAUGAAGUUUGUUAUUAGUGAAUGUGGGUUAUAUUGUCCGUAAAUUGUAUAUGUGAAUGUGGGAAUUUUGUUGUCAUGUCAUGUAAUGUAAUGUAAUAAAUGAGAUGAUUGGCAAUAAAUGUGUUGUAAAAUCUGUUAUAAUAUUAUGUGUGGAGAAUUUAAAGUUUGUAGAAAUAAAUGUGUGGAAUUGAAUGUG